AUGGCGAACCCUCUCGAUACCGACGCUGGCUCUGAGCUCUUUAGCUCUUACGAGGCCGAGUUCAAGCUCAUCCAGGCUGAUCUGACGCAAAAGUUGGACCAGAUUCCCGAGUUGGCGGGUGAGCCUCGAAAGGCCGCCAUCAGCCAGGCUGAGCGAGCCCUUGAGGAGCUCGAUGAACAGCUUGCGGCAAUGCGCCUGGAGAAGCAAAACAUUCCCACCAGCUCUCGCACCAAGGUCAAUCAACGCCUCCGAAAUUACGAGUCCGACACAGAUGGCGCCCGUCGCAAGUUGACAACCCUCUCUUCCGACCGUUCAGCUCUUUUCGGAUCGCGAUACACAGACGACCCCGCUGGAUCAUCCGAUAUUCAUAUGGAGCAGCGCCAGCAGCUGCUCUCUGGUACGGACCGACUUGAUCGCAGCACCCAGCGCUUGAAGGCCAGCCAGGCCCUUGCCAACGAGACGGAGGCAAUCGGCGCAGACACUCUGGCCAAUCUCGGCAGACAACGAGAGGUUAUCGAGAACACACACGGCCGACUACUCGAGAGUGAGGGUUACGUGGACAGGAGUAUCAAGACGCUAAGGGGAAUGGCGCGUAGCCACAGGUCUCGCAUCUCCCUCAUCUCAAAGAGCGAUAUUCGCUAUGUUGGCACCCUCCACGAGAUCAACUCGGACGAAUCCACAGUAUCUCUCGAGAAUGUGAGAUCAUUCGGAACGGAAGGCCGCAAAGGUCGACCCGAGGAGGAGAUUGCUCCCUCGGACCAAGUUUACGAGUACAUUGUCUUCCGUGGAAGCGAUGUCAAGGACUUGAGGAUCGAGGAGCACCCCAGCAUCAAGGAGAACAAGCCUCCAGCUGUCCCCGAUGACCCUGCUAUCGUUGGAGCUCGAGCUCGCCCUGGUGCUCAGGGUCCCAACCAGAACGCUCCUCCUGCCGGCGCCUUCGGCCAAGGCCCUUACCCACCCAACAACUUCUAUGGUGGUCCACCACCUGGCAACUGGGGCCGUGGCGGUGCCCCAGGACCUGGACCCGGACCUGGCCCCAACUUUGGCAACAUGCCGUACCCUCCCCCUCCCGGCUGGUUCCCUCCCGGUCAAGGCUUCCCACCUGGUGGUCCCAACGGCCCUGGAGGCCCUGGACCUUGGAACUACCCCUUCCCUCCUGGCCCCGGUGGUCCUGGUGCCCCUGGCGCCCCCGAGGGCCCUCAGAACCAACGUACUACCCCCAGCUCUGGCCCUUCACAGGACUCGAAGCCGGCUCCUAUCGGUCCUGGUGCCGACAGGGCCAAGGCGGCCACGCCAAGUGGACAAGCUGCGCCCCCUACUGAGCCGAAGUCUCUGGCUCAAGGUGUUCGUCAACCUGCCCAUGCUCCUACUCCUCCCGUCGACUCGAAGCCCUCGGUUGAGGAGGUCAAGCAGGCGGCUGCCGGUCUUGCCGCCAAUGGACAAACCAAGCCCGAGGAUGCUAAGCUUUCUGCUCCCACUGGACCCAAGAACCACCGGAUCACUCCCGUUAUUCCCUUGACUGGAUCUACUGCCAAGCCAUUCUCGCUUCCUGGUGUCGGAGGAGACGCCGCUAACAAGGCUCCCGUGACUGCCGCGCCUGGUAAUGUACAGGACGCAACCAAUGCCGCCCGAGCUGCGGUGGCAGUUGCCAUGGCUCAGCUGGGUAACGGUGGCGGAAAUGCUAUGGACAACCUGACCAAGAAGGUCAACGAGAUGAGAGUUAACGCUGUUUCGCGAGGUGGACCCGCCAGUCGGGGGCGUGGUCGUGGUGGCCGACCUGCCACUGCCAAGGUCGAGGUGCCUGAUUCUGAUUUUGACUUUGCUCAGUCCAAUGCCAAGUUCAACAAGCAGGAGGUUGUUAAGGAGGCCAUUGCUGGCUCCCCUCUGACAGAGACGCCCGAAGGACCUAUCAUCGAGGGCCCCGAGCCUACGACGACCGAUGAUGUUCCUGUUGCCUACAACAAGUCGAGGUCUUUCUUCGACAACAUCUCCAGCGAGUCCAGAGAGCGAGCCGAGAAUGGUGGCCAGAAGCCUGGUGGUCGCGAAUGGCGGGGCGAGGAGCAGCGAAAGAACAUGGAGACCUUUGGCCAAGGUAGUGUUGACGGUGGUUACCGCAACUACCGGGGCCGAGGCCGUGGACGUGGCCGGGGUGGUCGCGGUUAUGGACGAGGCGGUCGAGGAGGAAACCGACCUCAGUACCAGACGACACCUGCCGCCCAAUAA